AUGAACCCCAUUCAAGAGAAGGGCUUGAAGGGGCCGGCGGAUUAUUGCACCUGCUCAGAGAUCGCUGAGCUCCGCCAGAGGGUAGCGAGACUGGAGACACUUCUGCAGGCCGUCCUUGCCACCAUCCCAACGGUCUUGCGACAAGACACAUUGCUCUCAGCCGCAGCCACCGCUGAUGCUGUCGUCGACGCCGACGCCAUCAUCGCCAAUGCGGCCCUCUUAACGGAUGGCUCCACCCCCCCGCCAGGGGCCAUGAGACCGGCAGCCGAGCACCCCCGACACCAACACCAACAGCAGCAGUUGACAGUAGCAGCUGAGCAGCUGCUCCGAGACCCAGGGGAUGUACGACCGAGCGGUGGCGCCGCUGCCGCUACGGACUCGCUGUUGAAGGCGGACGCUGCGACCACGACGCCGCUGCCGCCGGUGGCGGCAGCUCCACCUUCAACAGCACCAGAUGACGGCGGUGCCACGACCGUACCAGCUACAGCCGCCGUACCAGCCACCCAUCGGCAUUUACACGGCGUGGCUUACACAACAUCCCCCCCAGUGGCCGCUGACUCAGAUCCCAUCCUGGAUCCCACCACAGUCGUUGUCCCUGCAGCCACCGCCGCUGCUGGCCCCAAAUCCGGAUCUGGAUCCAGAUUCGGAACCAUCGGGACCAGAGCUGAGGCCUCUGGUCUCGGAGGGGAUUUAUCACUAGGGCGGGGAGUGGGGUCUGGGGUUUUGAGGGGGGGAGCUGGCGGGGGCUCGGGGGGUGUGGGGGAUGGUGGCGGGGUUGGGAUUUGCGUCGCCAUGGCAGCUACCCGCGUGGUGAUGCACCAGUUGGUGCUGCCGGCUGACGUGAACCAGCUGGGUAUUUGUACGGGAGGACAGGUUCUUAGCUGGAUCGACGUGUGUGCGGGUUUGUCCGCCAAGACACUCGUUCAUGGGCCCUGUGUCACGGCCUCCGUGGAUGCCGUACACUUCUUGCGCCCCUGCCGACUGGGCUGUGUGGUCAUCAUCGCGGCCAUGGUCUCAAGAACCUUCAACACGAGCCUGGAGGUGGCGGUGGUGGUUGAGAGCGAGGAUAUGCGUACGGGCGUACGACACCACUGCUGCUCGGCGCAUCUUACAUUUGUCGUACGACCCCGUACGGAUACGGCCACGCCCGGGUUUGCGGUGGGUCUCCCCCGGGUUUACCCGACAACGCCGGAGCAUCGAGCCAUGUGGGAGGGCGCGGAGGUACGGCGGCAGCAGCGGCUGGAGCGCCGUACACGGGUACGGCGGAAUCCUGAGCUGCGAGAGGCAGAGCGGGUGUGCAGGCUGCAGCCCAUCACCCACCGGGAGGGGGGACCCACACUGCCGCCAGCCGUCACCCUCCCACAACCCAACAACCACCACAACCACCACAACGACCGCUCAUCGCCCGCGAGACGCUCACCCCGGAUUCACGCCGGUGGUGGAGCUCCUGCGGUGGUGGCCGAGGAGGUGGAGCGGGUGGCGUCACUGCCAGUGCCGCCGCCGCCGCCGUACCGUCAGGGGGUGAAUCCGGGUUGUACGACAGCCUACAUGACGCAAUCUAUUUUGCCGCAACACGCCAACACGUUGAACAUUACGUUUGGAGGGCAGGUGAUGAGCUGGAUGGAGCAGUGCGCCUACAUCAGCGCCUCUCGGCUGAGGUCCCCCGCACUGCUGACCGCCGCCAUGGACAGCGUGUCGUUCGUGAAACCCACACGCGUGGGGGACAUACUCUACAUCACGGCACAAGUCACGGCCAUAUUCGGGAGCAGCCUCGAGGUGAUGGUCAGUGUAUUCGGAGAGAGCCCGUAUGCGGGAGCGGGAAGCAGCGCCGUCAAGGCAGCCGAAGCGGCGGCGGCGGCAGCGGAAGGGCCCAACGGCGGCGGCGGCGAGGAGGGGGGCGGCAUCUUUCAUUGCGCCGAUGCCUUCGUCACGGUGGUAGCUGUGGACGAGCGGCACGGGUCGCCAGUCACGGUGCCCUUCGAGCUGGACCCGCAGGAACCGCCCGACCUGCUCCGAUACCAGGGUGCUGUGGCACGUCGGGCGGAGCGUCUCGCCCUCCGCGGAGAGUUCACGGCGGCGGAGGGCACCCGGCUGUCCCUGGACGGCAGCCACCCCUACAGCCCGCCGCCGGAGAGGGCGGCCGGAGCGGCGGACGACUCCGACGGCGGCGGCGUACUGGACGCUAUCCCGCCGCUUUGAUGUGGGUACGGACGUGGGUACAAAGAUACAGACGUAUGUAUACAGACGAUAUCGGUUGAGGGCGGCGGAUGCGGAGAGCAUUGCGUAAUUUGAAGCGGGGACACCCCCCGCCUGCUGCGACCACUGCUGCAGCUGCUGCUGCUGCUGCUGCUGCUAUAACCUUCGCUGCUGAGAAUAGUGUCAGUAGGAGGGAUUUUGGCGGUAUUAUAGAGGGUUCACAUGACGGGCGUCCCUUGACGGGCGUCCCUUGAAAAAAAUCAUUCGGUGCUUAGUGGGAGUAUAUCUGAACAGACAGGGGCAAGAGAGCACAUGGCCACGCGUCUGAAUAUUGUCUGAUACGGACAAGGGGCCAGUACAGGGAAACAGGUCCUAUUUUGCCUGAGAUGCCAGUACAGGAAAACGCAACGGUCAGUCACGAUGUAUUCACGACUAGAAAGCCGCGGAUUCAAUAUUGAGAACGUAGUUUUGUAACUAGAUCGAUUUCGU